AUGAAAAAGGCGUUAUUUCUGCUUCAGAAAUAUGCGGUUGGUAAGAGCGUCAAUUUAUAUCGAGAGGCGAAUCCGUUCAUAGUUAUAUUAGUGAUCAAGCUAUACUUCUUAUCUCUUUCGCAAUCUUUUUUCUGUGUGAAACUUGUCGACGAAAUCGAACUGUCGAGUCACAAAGACACUUUGUGUUCUUCUUUUCCUUCUCCGAUCAAAACAAAAUCGUUUGCGUCGUCUGGGAGUGAGGACCGCCCGAUAGUGGAGAGUCUUUUAAAUUCAAAGAUGAAGAAAGAGGCGAACGAAGUGACCAAUUGCAUCAAACAGUUUCUUGAAGAUGACGAGAAGAAUGUAUUUGAUGAAAUUUUAUCGGUGAUUUCCUCAAUAUCAGAGAAGUGUGGAGUGGACGAAUCAGUCAGAGCAAUGAGAUACUUUGUCGGGUGUAUGUCUCCAGACUUUACUUUCUCAGACGACAUCAUCAAACAGAUUUUUGCAGAGAAGAAAGACGAGAAACGAGUGUCGAUACCAAUGAACGACUCCGAAGAAGCAUACGACGGUGAAGUCGUUCGAUGUAUCUUCGACUGUGUGAAAUGCCCUCUAUGCUUUCUCACAGAACCACUUAAAAUGGAUGAAACGACAAUCCCGGGCAAAUUAGCAGUGACUACGUAUCGCGUGAUGUUCACUCCAAAUGUCAAAUUGAAUAAUUCUCGGAAGAGUUUAAUGGGGAGAGUCGCACAAUGCCCCAUUGGGAAUAUCAUCGAGAAGAAAUUGAUCGAGCAAACAGAGGGCAAAACACAAUACCACAUAUUAAGGAUCGUCACUUCAACGUUUUUAGUGUUAACGUUUUUAGCAGAUGAUGACAUCUUUAGAGCAGUGGAUGCGUGUAUAGACGAAGUAUUGACUGAAGGGGUGUUACCCGUCUUUAUUAAUGGACUUGGUGUUGGGCACGUGAAUGUACAAGAGGGCUGGAUCAAGAGAAACACUCGGAAUGGGUGGGAAGAUAAGAUGAAUAAAGAUUGUAGUGUAUUACCAAAGAAUGCCCCACUCUUCGAAACACAAGCAAGAUGCACAGAAAUGGGAAGAUUGAUCUUCUCGUGUUAUUUAAUGGAAAACACAGGAGCCACUUUACUUCGGCUUACCACACCAUCAAAGAAGAAUAUCUUGAAUGAACUCACUGUCGAACAAGGUUCUAAAAUCAAAUUUGACAUCAUGCCACUGGACCUUCAAGGGGUCGAAAACUUUGAGAAGUUAUUUGACGAUAUCAGGAGUAAAGUUGUAUAUGGCAAAGACGCCAAAGAGGAGUUUCAAAAGUACACAGAGAAGGUAGAAGAGGUGAAUGGAAUGGUCGAUUAUUGUUUCAAGAAGUUGAGUAGUGUGUUGUAUGUGUUAAACCGAGGUGUUAGUUGUUUGAUAGUGCCCAAGAAUUUGCGGGAGACUGAUAUCGGCAUAUUUGUGGCGUUGAUAGAGAUAUUGACGGAGCCCUAUUUUCGUACGAUAGAAGGGAUGAUAGAGAUCAUUCAUUGCGAGUUUUCAUCGAUGAAAUACGAUUUUGAGGGACAGAAGAAUUCAUUUGCAUUUUUCAUAGUGGUGUUACUUACAAUAUACAAAAGCUUUCCAAAGGCUUUUGAGUACAACCGAACAUUCAUUGAAUACAUUUUUCAUCACUCAACGUCACAUGUGUUCACAGACUUUAACAUGAGUGAUACCUCAUCAUUAAGUGAAUACGUCAAAGAGCACUUCAAUGACUUCAAAAACGUGUUUUUCGAGGAGAUGCAAGACACGAUAUCCAUUUCAUUGAUCACAGUUAAGACAUGUGGCGAAGUCUUUUAUAAAACGUUUUGUAUGAACAGUCAAGUGAUCUACAAAAUCUUACAACCACAAAACACCCCAAAUGAAAUCGACUUGCAAGGAAUGGAACUGUACUUCUUCCCUUUGUUCCAUAACUUCCCAAGUCUCGAAAACGUCACGAAACUGUGUUUGAGGAAUAACAACUUAUCAUCAUUCCCAAGCGAAAUCAAUCAGUUCAUUCAUAUCAAAAACAUCGACCUUUCUAAGAACAAAAUUAGUCGAAUAUCUGACAUCAUUUGUGAAUGCACUAACUUGACUCUGUUGGACAUAUCAGACAACCAAAUACUCUACUUACCAAGACGCCUCACUUCUAUGAAGUUGUUCGAAAUCAAUUUGAAUGGAAAUUCCCCUUCGCAAACACCAUUUUCUCUGUACUUCCCGUCGAUGUUACAAAAACUCUCGCUGAAAUCGUAUUUCUUCCCAACAAACAUCUCUUCGGUCAAUUUGACUUCACUCGAUAUCGGCAGCAAUUUUUUAGAACCCGACUUCAUGCACGCGAUACCAAAAAGUGUUGUUGAGCUUGGGUUGUCUAGUUGCUUAUUAGAACAUCUGCCAACGUUAAUCACAAAAUUGACAAAUUUGGAGGUGCUAGAUAUCUCGGAAAAUCCUAUUGCAAGCUUCCCUCCUGCUUUCUUCACACUCAAGAAUAUUAAAAUUGUUAAAUUACUGAAGACCAACUUUAAACAAUUGUCUUACUUGUUCGGACAAUUUGAGAAACUCGAAAAAGUCGAAGUUGAUGAAAGUGUUGUAGUACCAGCCCUUCUCUCAAAGAUCUUCCCUGAGAGGUUAAUUAAAGAAAAGUUGCCACGGAAGAGUAGUGAAGAUGUGGUGAAAGUGUAUUUCACGGGUGAUGGGUCGCAGAAGGAUGUGUUAAAUUUACUUGUCAAGAAAACGAGCUCAGACAAAGAAAGUGUCUAUUCCAUUGAUAAAAACACGGAAGGAGUACUUCUGAAUUAUGAAGAUAUAGAGCAGACUCUAUUUGAUAAGAUGAAGAGUUCAGUCUUUGUGAUUUGCUUACAUCUCGUCAACUCGAAAGUCAAUUUGGAGCCAUUUUCGAGACUGGUUGCACUCUUCUCUUUUGUUCAAUUGAAACAACCAAUCAUUUGUGUGAUGGUGCGAAUCAACACAGAGACUUUACAAGACACGGAUCCCAUUUUUGAGAAGGUGAUCCAUGACACGUAUCCAAAGUUAAAAAUAGAAUUCAUGUUCUUUGAUAUUAAUGGGAAGGAAAAACACGUCAAAGACUUGACGAAGUUACUCAAGAAUUACUCGGACAUUUCGCGCAUAUCACUGACGCCAACGUGUAACAAGUUAGUGGAGGAAUUACAGCUGUUAGACUUGUCACCUGGCAUCGUUGAAUUGGAUUAUAUCAAAUUGGUGAUGGAUACGAUGGCGAUCAAAGAAGACACCCGUGACAGUGUAUUAGAAACCCUUCAACGUAUGAAUUACAUCUUCACAUUUCCAACUGAAUACUCCACAGCGGUAUGUAAUUAUACAAUGCAUUAUCAAAUGUCACGCCCACAUAAAAACCACUUCUGUUUAGUAGCAAGUAAAAUAGUGUAUAAUAUGACACUCUUUUUAAGUUUAAGUAAAACCACAACAGGACUCCAACCACCAGACUUCUUGAAUGAAAUCGACUCGAUGGGGAUCGAACAACAAGAAUACUUGUUGGUGCUCUUAGAGUAUUUCCACGUAAUCUUUGUCUUACGGAAACAGUUUUUCGAGAAACUGGGGAUGAGUGAAGAGUACGACACACUCUACCGCAUUGUCAAUAGUCCGGGAGGCCUUCGCCAAAGCAAUUCGUCAAUAACAAAUA